UUCGUGUCACAGGCAUCAUCACAGCGGCAGACAUUUGGCAAGGCAGGCAGCGGACUGCGGGUGUGUGGCUGGUCUGGCGGCAUCGGGAAAAGAUAGGGCUUUUUUGUGUGAUUACCGCAGUGUUGUUCUUUUUCUCUGCCGCUUCCGGGCUGUAGAGUGGAUAGCAGCUCAAGGCAAAUGUGAUGGUGAUGCUGAGUACGCGUAUCUGAUUUGACUAGAUCGAGGCCAGGGGGAUCUGUAACAGCGUGGCGGUAGGAUAGAGGGAGGGAGAGCGAAAGAAACGGGUCUGUCCGUGACUGUGUCCGUCUGUCGCGCGCUCCGUGGUUGUGAAUGGACUGCUCCCUCUGUUAUUCUCUGCAGUCACAUUGAGCCGUUUUUGGAGGAAGAUGGCGGACAGGGCUGAGAUGUUUUCCCUCUCCACCUUCCACUCCCUCACUCCUCCAGGCUGCAGACCUUCCCAUGACAUUAGUCUCGAGGAGUUUGAUGAUGAGGAUCUGUCUGAAAUCACAGACGACUGUGGAAUAGGACUCAACUAUGACUCUGAUCCCUAUGAAAAGGACUGUCUGAUUCUGGAGAAGAGCGAUAUGCACCACCCGGUCUGCUCCUUCCAGGACGACUUCCAGGAGUUUGAGAUGAUCGAUGACGAGGAUGAGGAGGAUGAGGAAGAGGAAGAUGAAGACGAGGUGGAUCCUGACGCUCCUCCCUCCCCCACCGCUUCCCCUCCUUCUUCCCCCACCCUUGGCACGUUGAAGAGCCGGCCCACCACCCUCAACCUCACCACCACUGUCUCACAGGACUCACUGAACAACAACAGCAGUCUUUCUCCAAAGAAGGGCAGCUGGCAGGACUCUCUACGCAACCCUACCUCACAGGGCCGUCUGUCUCCAACCCACUCUUGUCUGGAGGAUGGGAGUCACGUGAUGGGCCAAUGCCCCUCCCAACCAGCCCCCCCAGGCCCCAGGGUCCCAGAGCAAAGGUACUCCCCCCAAACAGGCAGGGGAGGGCGCCUACCCCCAGUCCCCUCGCAGGCCCCUCCUUUGCGACAUGGAAGGCAACAGACGGGAGAGGCCUGCUCCUUCGGUCAACACAAGUCUCACCCAGGCUCUAAUGAGGUCAUUACCUCCUCAGCUGACCCUCUGAUCUUCAGAGUUCCAUCCCUGGAUGACCAAUCCCAAUGCUCUGACACUGAGGUUGACCACGACCUCAACAGCGCUGACCACAACCACAAACUUUCACGGUCUUGCACGUCCACCCAGCGACGUGCCACCGACACCUACACGGUCACCACUGAGUCAGGCCUAGACCCGGAACUGGAAAACGAUCCAGACGGGACCAGCCGAUGCCUGUCCUCCACUGCUCCCAUUGGGGGGAAUGACGGAGCUGACACCCCUCUGUCAGAUGAGGAGCUGGAGAAAGAUUUUGACGUAGAGUUUAUGUGUAAGGAGACUUAUGAUAUGGUGUGUAAGGAGAACCAGAGCUCAGUCUAUGUUGAGUUCCCCUCCAUCGAGCCCUCUGAGCUGGCUUCCUUCUCCAGCUACAUGUCAUCAAGCCGCUCUGAUGUUCUCGACCAAUCCCGAAGCACUAAUCAGAGCCAGCGUCCAGGUUCAGCUAUUGAGGUGGCCAAUGACUCCAACUCUCCAUCCUCGGACCCGGGCAUUGCUGACAUGAACGCCAAGCGGUGCUACACCACCUCAGACCAAGACCAGGACCUGAGCUCUCCCGGGUCAGACUCAGACAUCGAAGGGGAGCUUGAGGCAGCAUUCGCCUGCGGAGGACCCCUGGUCUCCAACAUGAUCUCUUCCAUCUCAGAGACAGAGCUGGACCUGACCAGUGAUGACAGUAGUAGUGGACGCUCCUCCCACCUCACCAACUCCAUCGAGGAGGCCAGUUCACCCACCUCCGACCAGGAACUGGACCCAGACACCGAGUUAGAACAGGACAGUGGAAUUGUGGGAAUGAAGGUAUCACUCCUCCUUGGCCAGCCCGACCCCAUCAAAGAGGACUCACCCUUACCCUCACCUUCACAACUUUUCUCCUCAACCCUGGCCACACCCUCCCCUGCUGACUCCCUCGUCCUACCUCCAGAGCCCUAUGAUGACGGCCAGGCUCUGAUGGGCCUACAAAGUGUAGAUGAUGAUGAUGAUAAUGACUUGCCCUAUGAGCACCAGGCCGACCCAGAUGAGACCCUGCCCCCAGCCCAGCACUGUGAGGACAGCAUGUCCAGACAGAUGGUCCUCCAGAUAGAACCAGACCACAGCCUGGAGAGCUUCAAACGCUCCUUCUACCUGCCAGUAGGACCAAGACUCAUACCCACCCAUGCUGAUGACUACGAUGGGAACAGUGAGGGAGGGUCUGAGUCUGAGAGCGAGGAUGAGCUGAGCGAGAAUUCAGACUCACCUUGGUUGCUAAGCAACCUGGUGAACAAGAUGAUCUCGGAGGGGUCUUAUCCAAUUAGCUGUCCUGAGGACUGUUUCAAGAGGUCAGUGUCCAUCUCGGACACCAUCUCACCCUCCUCGGACAUCGAGCCAGACGCGUUCACCGAAUCCACGGACAAACAAAUGCAGAAAUCUGGGACGAAGAGAUCGGAGGAGGAGGAUAAAGAAGGGACAGGCCUGAGGAAGGAAGGGAAUGAUAGAGAUAAGAGGGAGAAGAGUGCAGAGCCACCCAAAGGGAAUGCAGGGAAAGCAAACAAAAGAUUUGGCUCCUGUCUGUACAUGAACAAUCCUACAGCUGACACCAUCAGACCGGUGAUCGUGGAGCGCUAUGGCAACAGGAUAUCCACAGACAACAACCACACUCAGGACUCUGAGAAAGACACCAGCCCUAAAUCUGGCAAAAACACCAAGAAGAAGGAUGAGGAAAUUGAUGUUAUUGUGGAGCCUGAUAACGACCUGAUGAUGCUGGAGGGGAGGAAGGAACUGGACUCUCCCAGUUUGAGUGACAGCGUAGUGAGUGACAAGGACGAAGGUCGCGAGAUGGAGGCCAAGCCCACCGGACGCUCUACGGCCUCCCUGGAACGCAUCACCACGGUCAAACACAGCAUGACGCUGAACAUCCCUACUGCCCAGACCAACCGAUGCUUCAGCCUCACCUACUCCACCGACAACGAUGAGGAAGAGGAGGAGGAAGAGGAAGGAGACUGCUCCCCGUUCCUGAGCUGCCUGAGGAAGCAGUCAUCCUAUCGUGGCAGCAAUCAAUAUCUGGACAGCUCCCCGCCUAUCGAUGAGAGCGUCCGGGACCUCCCCCUGUCAAAGCAGGACCCACCCCUGUGUGUGAGGGACCUCCCCCUUCAGGCCCUGCGGUCCAGCCCAGAUGAUGAUGGUCUGGCGUAUGACUCCAUGAAGUACACUCUGGUGGUGGAUGAGAACACUACACUGGAGCUGGUCAGCCUCAGGCGAUGUACCUCAGUGCUGAGUGACGACAGUGAGCUGUCUACACUGUGUGAUGAUGACCCUCUUGGGACGGGGGAGGUGGGAAACGGACAGGGGAAUGGAGGGGUGCGGCCAGAACUCCAGAGCUCGUCAGAAGACUCCUCCCCUGAGGCUGACAUGCAUUUCUCCAAGAAGUUCCUCAAUGUGUUUGUCAACAGCACCUCUCGAUCCUCCAGCACAGAGUCGUUUGGGCUGUUCUCCUGUACCAUCAAUGGAGAAGAGCGGGACCAGACACACAGGGCUGUCUACAGGUUUAUCCCCAGACAUGUGGAUGAGUUGGAGCUGGAUGUGGACGACCCUCUAUAUGUCGAGGAAGAGGAGGAUGACUACUGGUACAGAGGCUACAACAUGCGGACGGGAGAGAGGGGGAUAUUCCCAGCCUUCUACGCCCAUGAGGUCAUAGGGCAGUCCAAGGAGAUAAUGGGAAUGAAGAGGAACCCAGCCUGGAUGGACAGUUUCAGUGUUCAGUUCCUGGGUUCUGUGGAGGUGCCCUAUCACCAAGGCAAUGGCAUCCUCUGUGCUGCCAUGCAAAAGAUUGCGAUAGCGAGGAAGCGGACGGUCCAUUUGCGGCCCCCCUCUCUGUGUGAGCUGGAGAUCAGUCUACAAGGGGUUAAACUGGUGAUGAGCAUGGAGGAUGAAUACGACACUAUGGAUGAGUUUGACAGAUGUAGUCACUUCUUCCAGAUGAAGAACAUCUCUUUCUGUGGAUGCCAUCCAAAAAACAAUUGCUACUUUGGCUUCAUCACUAAGCACCCCAUGCUGAACAGGUUUGCCUGCCACGUCUUCGUCUCCCAGGAGUCAAUGCGGCGUGUGGCCGAGAGUGUUGGACGGGCUUUCCAGGAGUAUUACCAGGAGCACCUGGAGUAUGCCUGCCCCACCGAAGACAUCUACCUGGAGUAGAGCAGGCAGGAAGCAGGAAAUGUUGCCAUGACAACAGUCUUCUCUUCUUCCUGCUGCUGCUUGUAUGUUUAUCAAUUUCAAUCACCAGAGGGCGCUGGUGGGUCUUCUCUCCAUUGGAAAAAAUACCCCUAUAUCUCUCUGAAACUGAAAUGUUCAUUUCAGUUCUACAGUAUGCUAUGUGUUUUAUUUAUUGAUUCAUUUGUUUGUUUAUUUUCCCUCUUCUAGAUGGAUUGCCUGUUUAUUUUACCUUUUGUUUUCUAUGAUACAGUUAUAGGAAUAAGGGUCUUGGCACCUGUUAUUUUAGAUAUGACGUAUUAUAUUCCUACUACUGCUAUUUCACAUGUUUGAAUGCAUGGUUAGGAGGGUAAUGCACACACAGAGCUAUUAGGACACAAAACCAGCUAAACAUUGAAUAGGACCUGGAUCAUAUAUGGUCAGAUAUGGUUUGGUGUAAAUAUACACUACCGUUCAAAAGCUUGGGGUCACUUGUUUUUGAAAGAAAAGCACAUUUUUUGUCCAUUAAAAUAAAACAAAUUUGAUCAGAAAUACAGUGUAGAC